UAUCCACGGGCAACCCGAGCAGCAUGGAAACAUUUUUGGAAGGCACCACUCCCGCACCGAGCACAUACUGUUCUAUGGCGUUUUUACCACAACAAGCUCCCCUGUCGCGCUCGUCUACACCAAUUGAUCCUGGACAGCUAUCCCUCCGACUCAUGCAUUUUCUGUGACCGACGUGAUACUGAUCAACAUUUUAUCUGGACCUGUCCA